UGCGUGGACGAAUUGAGGGCUGUAGUAAAUAAAACAUGAUCGUCUUUUUCAUGUAAAAUCAUGACUUUCAUUUCAGUAGGCAAACACACAUAGUAGAUGGUAAGCGUGGUAUUUUAUUUUGAAAAUUCUAGCGUGAAUCUCGCAUUUUGUUAGACAGACUUUACAUUGAUGGUGUUAAGACGACGCCGGCUUUAGUUCUUGUCUUCCUACUCCUCCACCACAUCUUCCAGCAUCGUUGCUUUCCUUGCCGUCUGUUGCUAUCGCACAGGAAACAAGAUGACAUUUUCCGCAGUGUAUUUCCACUUUUGACGCUCGGAGAAGAGCGUCGUGAUCACCGGAUAUCAAUGAUGGUGGAGCUUCCAGGCCCAGCUCACUGAUCACUGGAGGCACCCAGUUAGGAAAAUGCUCCAUUAAAGGACAUCCUUUUGGAGCCACAAGGUCACGACUGCCCUUGGAAACAUGAAGAUUUGGAGUACUCAGCAUGCGUUCAGUUACCCAUGGGAGACUGUGAUCAAGGCCGCCAUGAGGAAGUACCCCAACCCCAUGAAUCCACAUGUGGUGGGCGUGGACGUGAUGGACCGCCACAUGGACACAGAAGGACGCCUGCACAGCCACCGACUCCUCAGCACAGAGUGGGGCCUGCCAGCGAUCGUACGAGCGAUACUGGGAACCACCCACACACAGACAUAUGUGAAGGAGUACUCCAUCGUGGAUCCUGAGGAGAAAAAGAUGGAGUUGUGCUCAACAAAUAUUACUCUCACCAACCUGAUAUCAGUGGAUGAGAGGCUGCUUUACAGACCACACCCAGACAACCCUGAGGUCACCAUCCUGACUCAGGAGGCCAUCAUUACAGUGAAGGGAGUGAGCUUGAGCAGCUACCUAGAGGGGAUGAUGGCGAGGAGAAUGUCCGCUAAUGCAAGAAAGGGUUGGGAUGCUAUCGAGUGGAUUAUUGAGAACUCUGAAAGAGAAAACAUACCUCUCUGACAUUUCUUAACAUUGGACCGACACGUCCUAACAUGAGCAAAACCUCAGUCGGAUGCAUGUGGAAGUCACAGUGGGCUUUCACACCACACUGCCUCCCUUUACCCGUGGAGAACAUGCGUGGAGACGAGUUGGACACGAGCUCAAUGCUCAAAAUACUUCUGCGAUAAAAAGGACUGUCUACUGAAUAAAGUAAAAAGUGAACGUGUUGUUUGAAUGGACUUCAAAGGUUUGACGUUAUGUAAUUGUUCCUCCAGCUGAGAAAUAUACUUGAUGGGGAUGGUAAAUACAGUGUGAAAGGUAAAGGCACACAGUAGGUGCUGUUCUUGUAUGGAACACAUUUCUAUUUAUUUUGCAUGAUAACUAAGAGGAAAUAAGUAGCAUGGUAGCUAGGGUUCUCUGGAUGGGAAAUGGAGGUGUUUGCUCACAAGGCAACAAAACACCAGCUCAUUCUUGACGUAUCAUGUCAGGCGACAGUACCUCAAACCUCAUGCUUUGCAAAACUGACUUCAUGAGGAAGGCUCGAUGGGACUCUCAAAACAGGGUUGGCCUUAAAACGCUGCCUGGGUGUGCGUGUGUCCGUGUGUGUUGUCAUCACUGCAGCCUUUAGACAUGCUUCCAAAUGUAGACUUAAACCCCAUUUGAGAAGCUACUGUUUGUUCUCCCUGACGAGAAUUGGGGGGGAAAAGACGAAUAAUAUUUAAUAAACAGUGGGACAAUAUCAGCAGUGGGUUAUUACAUUGUUCAUAUUUUCUGCUGAGUGGUAUUUUAGUCCUCUGCAACAAAUAAAUUCAUUUUGUGGCGCAACUUACAUUGUUAGUGUUUCUUGUGGAUCACACAUACAGUAUAGAUU